ACAGGCUCAUUAUACACUGCACCCACUGCAACUGAACUCACAGUCAAUGUGACAUAUGAUGAUCUCAAUCGACCUAUUUUGGGUCCUCAAAAUCCUUUUAGAGAACAACAAUUGGCUAUACAAAAUAUACCUAAUGGCCAUGUGGAGGAACAAGCAAUAUCUGAAAUGGACUUUAGAACACAGUUUCGUACUUUUGAGACCUAUGGUUACGCUCGUGAUCCAUCUCUUCUUUCUGGUACAGUAGAAACAGGAUAUGUCGGCAACUUGAAUCAAGCAUCUAAGCUAGGAGGAGCCAGCAUUCACGAUCGAGUCAAUAAACAAUUGCGAAAUAAUAAAGAUGCUAGAAAGAAACGUGAAAGCAAGGGAAAAUUGGAAGAAGUAGAGGGACCUGAUGCUUAUAAGGGACCAUGGGCUGGAUACGAAGAUGAUUAUGUGGGUGUUCCAGGUGGAGGCGAUUACGAAGAAAGCGAAGAACAACAGACACAGGAGCAAGAUCAACAGCAACAAAAGAAUAUCACUGUCAGAAAUAUUGCUCAACAGUCAGAGACAGAGUCAACCAUCUUUCAUGGAGCAUCAGAACAUGAUUAUUUGGGACGAACCUAUAUGGCAGUGCCUCAAGAUGUGGAUGUCAAUUUGAAUGGAGAACCAGGCACUCAAGAAUGCUUUAUUCCAAAAAAGUUGAUUCACACCUGGGAAGGACACGAAAAGGGCGUAUCAAGCAUCAAGUUUUUCCCCAAGUCUGCUCAUCUCUUGUUAAGUGCGGGUAUGGAUAAUCAAAUCAAGAUUUGGGAUGUGUACCAUGACAGAAGUUUAUUACGUUCAUAUCACGGACACACCAAGGCAGUUCGGGAUAUUACUUUCAAUAAUGACGGUACAAAAUUUCUGAGUGCAAGUUAUGACCGUAACAUCAAGUUAUGGGAUACAGAAACUGGUAAAUGUAUCCGUACCUUCUCUACUGGCAGGAUACCUUACUGUGUUGCAUUUAAUCCUGAUUUCAACAAGCAGCAUAUAUUCUUGGGUGGAUUUUCGGAUAAGAAAGUGGUUCAAUUUGAUACCAGAACUGGUGAGAUCACUCAAGAAUAUGAUCAGCAUCUGGGUGCAAUCAAUACAAUCACAUUUGUGGAUGAUAAUCGUCGAUUCAUUACGACUUCAGAUGAUAAAACAAUGCGUGCAUGGGAAUUUGAUAUUCCUGUUGUUAUCAAGUACAUUGCUGAACCAGACAUGUAUGCUAUUCCAUCAGUCACUGUGUCUCCCAACAAAAAAUGGCUCGCCUGUCAGUCCUUGGAUAAUCAAAUUCUAAUUUAUGGAGCGCGAGACAGAUUUAGGAUUAAUAGAAGAAAGCGAUUUGCUGGACACUUAAUUGCAGGAUAUGCAUGUAAACCAGGAUUUUCACCUGAUGGCAGAUUCAUUAGCAGUGGUGACUCAAAUGGUAAUGUUUGGUUCUGGGACUGGAAGACAUGCAAGAUUUUGAAAAAGAUGAAGGCUCAUGAUAGAGUUGUGAUGUGUACCGAAUGGCACCCACACGAGACCUCCAAAGUGGCUACGUGUAGUUGGGAUGGUUUAAUUAAAUAUUGGGAUUAA